AUGGCGGAGAAAGGUCAAAAUAGGCACAGAGAGCCAGGAUUUUCUAUUGCAAGACUUAAGUGCAAAUCUAUGAACUUAGGAUCAACCAGUAUUGCAUACCAGGAUUUUCUUGUGCACCCGAAUCGUGCAAGUGGUUUAAUGGGCAGCCUUGUAAAAUUAAAUAUCAUGCAAGAUGUUGGGCGGGAGACGUUUCAAAUUCCUUUUGGUAUAGGUCUCUUCCCCUACUCUCCGCAGCGACAUGCUGAAGAAAACCCGAAAAGGAGGGAAAAAAAGAAGAAGUAG